AUGCAGGUGCUCGUGGUGUCCGUGGUUCUGCUGCAGGUUUCCCAGCAUGCCUCUGGUGUACAGGUUAUUGAUGGUGAGGAGUCAGUCCAGCUGCCCUGUCAAGUCAACAUCUCUGUUUCCAAGGACUCCACAGUAGUUAGGAGCCGCGAGGAGCUCAAGUACUCCAUCGUACACAUCCGUCAGCAGACUCGUGAUGACCUUAUGGAGCAAAACAAACGUUACAGGAAUCGGACUUCGAUGAAGAUGGACGCCCUCCAGACAGGAGACCUGAGCCUGACUCUCAGGAAUCCUACGAUCUCUGACGGUGAAACCUACACCUGCAUCGUCCGCAGGUUUGGAGAAGAGCUUAGUCGAAUCAACGUGCUGCUGGAAGUGAAGGAGCGCCCUCCUCCAAUCUGGCCCAAAGUUCUGCCAGCUGUCCUGGUUCCCCUGGUUCUCCUGGCCUCUGUCUUUGGUUUGGUCUUCUAUCUGCGAUACAAAAGAAUGAAACACAAUCCAGUCUACAAGUUGGAGGUGGUGAAGGCAUCAGAGGGGGAGGAGUCUGUCAUUCUGCCCUUUUAAGACCAAGACUCGGCUUCCUCAGAGCGCAACAGUAGAGUGGAGGCGCAUCAACAGCGAGGACAUGGUGGUCCACGUCUAUCGGAACUGUCAACACCAGGCAAGCCUGCAGGACGACUCCCUGCCUCACACAGAGAUGAAGGAGAACCCACUGAGAAGCAGAGACCUGAGUCUGACUCUGUAUAAUCCUCGUCACGCCGACAGCGGACUCUACGUCUGCACCGUCCACAAGGGAAAAGGCAACCUGAAACAGAAAGUCGUGUCUUUCAGUGUUCCAGAACCCCUGAAAGUGACCACAGAUGUGGGCGACAGUUUCUGGUACAAUCGGAGCAACAAUCAGCGCAACAAUCAGGGCACCAGUCCAACUAACAGUCUGAGAACCAGCCUGAAGGGCAUCUUGAGAGGCGUUGGUCAGGAGUGGACUUAUG